AUGGCUACACAGCAACACCACCAACAGGAGGAGCUUGAAGCAAUCUUUCGUACCACGUACGCACGUUUUCUAUCACAAGGUCUUGCUCCCAAUGAUGCCGUUGCACGUACACUUUUAGAACUCCAAGAAUGUUCGAAAGAUGACGCAAUCACGGGUGACGCUGGCGCGUCAUCCCCUGAUGUAAAAAUGGACGACACGUUUCACUAUCAGCACAAAGAAGACGUGGAAAUGGAAAUGUACAAAGAAGAGACACAGGUCUCGUUGUCGUCGACAAAACCAACGCCCACGACGUGGACGGCUAAUAUGAACCAAUCAACGACAGCGAUUAAUUCUGUCACUUCUAUGGGCACAGAGCUUGAACUGGCGUUACAAUUGGCGACAGAGACGGACGAUUAUCAAGUUACAAAGAGACUUGUUUACCAUGUGUUUUCGGAUCCAGAGAUCUUGAGUGAUGCAUUUAUGAGUGACAAGACACUAGCAGAAGAAGAAGAAAAAGAGAUGAAAUGGUGGUGUAUUGAUCAAGAGAAAAUGAAACGAGUGUUUACGUUGCUCGAUGCUGCAAUGACUGAUAGUUGUGACCAAAAGGCUCUACAGAAUACUUUUCGAAAUGCAUUGGAGAUGCUCGUGACACAGCCAUGGAAUAUCUGCUCGACGUGGGAUUCUCCACGUGCAUUACGCUUCUUUUUAAUCAUGUUUGAACACCCGUCAAUGUUUGAUCCCGAUUAUUUGAACGUCGUGGGUGGACUCUGUCGACUGUUUUAUUAUCUUCCUGAAGACGCCAAGGCCCUUGUUCGUGAGCAAUGGGUCACUUUUUUCUCGGCGGACGAUCUGCAUCGACUUUUGGAUAUCCUGCAACAAGCAAUCACCGUGUGUCUCUACGGCUCGCGCAAAAUGGACCUCGUGUAUGCAGCUUGUGGCGUUCUUGCGCAGCUCCAGAUUGUAAACCGGGAGCGAUCAAAUGGCCACGAACCGUUUGCCACGUACGAGGAGUUUUAUAAUGAUGCUGUAAAUUCCGAAGUGGACAUUACGCAGGACUAUUCACGUUCCAUUAUCUUUUGGAAGAAAUGCCGUGCUGCCCUGCAUUCUACUCAUCGGUUGGAGCAUGAGGAGCUGCGACGUCGUCAGCAGCAGAAUGAUGGCGAAGAUACGACGGAGCGUGAGCGUGUAGAACAAGAGAGGAGACAGGAAGAAGCUAGACGGAAGGCUGAACCCAUGCCGGAGCGCAUGCUUUCGGAAAUGUCAUUUUGUGAUUUUCCUUUCGUUUUGGAUGCGGGUUCCAAAAGCAAAGUGCUGCAUAUCGAUUCGGAUCUCGAGCAGCGUGCACGUGCGCAGGAUGCAGUGUUGUCUCGCUCUAUAUUGCUCGCGGAACGUGCACAAUCACCUUACUUGGUACUAAAGGUGCGACGUGAAAAUAUCGUGGAGGACGCGAUGCAGCAAUUAGUGCACUUAUCCUCGUCAGCGGAGACGCUGAAGAAGCCUCUUAAGGUUAAGUUUGUCGGUGAAGAAGGCAUUGAUGAGGGUGGUGUGCAGAAAGAGUUUUUUCAAAUCCUCAUUCGACAGCUACUGGAUCCGGCCUAUGGUAUGUUUACGUACGAUGAGGAGACACGUACAUUGUGGUUUAACAGCGAUUCACUGGAAGCCACCAUGGAGUUUGAGCUAAUUGGUACGCUUCUGGGUCUUGCUAUUUACAACGCUGUUAUUCUGGACGUUAGCUUUCCACACAUUGUGUACAAGAAAGUAAUGGGCUACCCACUUGGACUGGAAGAUCUUGAGUUAGCAAUGCCUGAUCUUGGACGUGGUCUACGGCAGCUGCUGAACUUUCAGGGUGACGUAGAGGAAGUAUAUCAGCGUACGUUUGAGUACUCGUAUGAAGUGUUUGGCGAGGUUAAGGCGGUGGAGCUGAAGCCAGAAGGGAGCUCAAUUCCUGUAACGAAGAGCAAUCGCGAGGAGUACGUUGCGUUAUACGUAGACUAUGUGCUGAACAAGUCGGUCUCCCGACAGUACGCUGCUUUCCACCGUGGCUUCCACCAGGUUUGCAAUCAUGAGGUCCUAAGCAUGUUCCGGUGGGAGGAGUUGCAGUUGCUGAUCUGUGGCAGUAGCGACCUGGACUUUAAGGCUCUUGAGGAAGCUACGCACUACGAGGACGGUUUUGCAGAAGACAGCGAGAUCAUCCGAGAUUUCUGGGUCAUCGUGCACGCACUUCCACUAGAAGACAAGAAAAAGCUGCUGCGGUUUGCGACAGGUAGUGAUCGCGUACCCAUCCGAGGUCUCUCAAAUCUAGUGUUUGUCAUCUCGCGCAACGGCCCAGACUCUGGUCGCCUUCCUACGGCGCAUACCUGCUUUAACCACCUGCUACUACCCGAGUACAGCAGCCGCGCGAAGCUCAAAGAGCUUUUGCUACUAGCAAUUAAUCAGGCCGAAGGUUUUGGACUACGGUGA